GCAGUCUAUAAAAACCACCAGCUAACUUCGCGGCACAGACCUCCCUGCUUCCCGGAGUCGCUGGUCACCCUGGAUUGAGACUUGCAGAAUGGCGCAGCUUCCUCUGAUCAGCGUCAACCUGGCCACGGUGGCCUUAGAGAGCCUCCUCUAUGGUGUAUUCCUGACAUUGGCGUUCACUUUCAUAUAUCUCCAUAUCAGUCGUGCUGGGUCACAACGGGCCGGUGGGGCAAGAUCGCUGUCUGUGUACUUCACUCCCGUUCUGCUCGGGUCAAUAUUCGUAUUGUUGACCGUCACUGGGCAUUGGGUGAUGACCGUUAUUCGCCUCUUCGAUGCAUUCGUCAAUUUCAUGGGAGGUCAAGCGGCGCUGCUCUACUACUCGGACCUGGCUCUCACUACGGAGCCCGUCAAAAUUGGGUUCCUGAUCGCCACGCUCAUCACCUGCGACAUCCUAUUCAUCUACCGUCUUUGGAUCGUCUGGGGCUACAACUACUAUGUAAUCAUUGUCCCGUGCCUCACCAUCUUGGGGCUGUGUGUCGCUGGUCCUGGUGUCAUCUAUCAGCUUACCCAGGUGGGAUCGGGAAACACCGUCUUCAUUGCGUCCCUCGCUCGUUGGGUGUCGGCAGACUACGCCUUCACCUUUGUGACGAAUGUCUACAGUUCCGUCGGUAUCGCUUGGAAAGUGUGGCGCUCCCGACAUCGCACAGGUGCGUACGCAGGUGGUACUAGCCUUAUGAGGGUCCUUGUGACAAUUGUGGAGAGUGCUGCCCUAUACACCUCGUACACCGUAUUCUUCUUCGGCGCGUACCAGGCGGAGAGCAAUCUGCAGUACACCGCUGUGGACACACUCUGCCCCAUCGCCGGUAUCGCGUUCAUGAUGAUCAACGUACGGGUUGGUCUCGGCUGGGCACAACGGGCACACCCUUCGACAUCCUCCGGGGUCUCAUCUCGUCGCACCGCCAUGCAGGAGCAGCAGUCUUUUGCCAUGCGCCCGGUUGCGGUUGACAUCCAGAAGGUCGUAGACAGUCAGGACGACAUGGGCAUGCCUGUCGGAAUGAAGAGCGAGCUGCCUGUGUAGGCGUUCGCUGUUGGUAUUCGGUCCUUGACGGGGCGUUCAAAAAGACGUACUCGUUGGAAUAUCGGAGCCUAGGCUCGAGUUGUAGACAGAAUAGAAUCCGCGAACGCAGUAUGUCCGCAGCAGAUCUCGCCUUGA